CCUACAAUCUGACAAUAUCACAGAAAUACCUGAGAGGACAAAGUAAAGGUGACAGUAUGAUUAUAUUUUAUCAUAUGCAGGAUGUGAGCCAUAGAUUUCGGAUAAAGUUUGCAGCUUCAGAAAUAAAGACCAGCCACGAAUUAUGUCGAGAAUGUGCAGAGAAAAUGGCUAAAUAUUUUCCUGUCAAAGCUAUCAUAACGACAGAGACUGUUAACCUGGAAAACACAUCAGAUAGAACAAUACUACGGGGAGAGGUAACAUUAGCAGACCUAGCAAAUGUUGUCACGGGAACCAGUAAGAACCAGUUGCCUUCUCUGUAUAACAGUAUGCCUACAGAUACAACUGACAUUGGUGUCUUACUGAAGCUAUGUCUGUCUGAUCCAAGUUUCCCAGCUUACGUUGAACAAGUGGAGAAAGAACUUGGUAAUCUUGCAUUAAGUACGAACUCUUAGAAAUAAAAAAAGGGUACGCGAAAUAGGAUAUGAUAUCAAAUAAUAAAAACAAUAUCCUGAUUUAUUAAU